CCUGCUUAACAUAUACAAACCUCCCCCUCCAUGUCUCCCAGCGAUAUCACUGUACACAUCGACACACGGGAGAAAGCGGGAACGUUCACCAACUUUGACGUGAUCCGCGGUUAUGUGGCGCUCACGGUCACGUCAGGCAUCUCAUUGAAUCACAUCCUCGUGAAGUUAGAGGGGAUCUCCAAAACAGAGCUUUUGGUUCCGAAGAACCCAAGCGCCAGAGUCGACAAGGAGACAGGGAAAUACGACCCCAAGGAAAUGAAGCGCGUGGAGGAGACCCACAGGGUGUUGUACAACACGGUAAUGGUGUUUCCACCCGAAAACGUCCGGACGGUGUCUAAGCAGAAGGAGUUUACCCUCACUCCCGGAGAAUACAAGUACCCGUUUUCCUUCAAAAUCCUGUUUGCCAACGACUGCACAACUUCGUUGAAGACCACGUUCGGCCGAGAUCUCGUGCUGGAGACAUCGAAGCACGUCCACGCGCAGCUCCCGCCAUCGUUCUCCGGGAUGGGCAACACGGCACAGGUGAAGUACUUUAUCAAAGUAACUGCCAAACGCUCAUCGUUGCUCAGAACAAACCUCCGCUCGUUCAAGCCGUUUGUGAUGCUUCCGCUCGACUACAACGGACUCGACCCCUCCGAGGAAUCCAACAAAAUCAUGUUUGUGAGGCGGUCAGUGGUGUUCAAGAAUAUGCUUCCGGCCAUUGUGGAGGUCAAGCCAGCACCACCUAAACGGUUGAUGGUGAAGACCAGCGACGUUCCGUUUUAUGUGGAAGCUCGGUUAGGGUUUCCCGCAUGCUUGGCCCCUUCGACUGUACCUGCCUUUUCGCUCCACAUCGUUUCUCCGCUUCCGAGCCGCAAUUACCGACUCUCCAAUGGCGAUACGUCGGGUCUUGGCGCUAUAUACAUCACGUCACUCAGCGUGGACUUGCUAAUGACCACGUUAGUUAUCGCCCAGGGCCACAAGUCCGAAUUGAAGAGCGUGGAGCGGCUUCUGUCGUUUUCGGGGAUCCACGAAGUCGACCUCUGCGAGGUGAAAGAGUCGACUGCGAAGGACCACAAGACGGGCGAACCGCUCCACGAACUAGAACUACCCCAAAGUUUGUUUCAGAACGCCGUUUUGAAGGAUCACAUCCCUCCGAGCUUUAAGACGUGUAACAUCAACCGUAAGUACCAGCUCUGCAUUGCCUGUGGCGUGAGCAGUACCGCAAACAACGGCAAAUCCGCGCAGAAAGUGGAGUUAGUAACCGACGUUCGCGUGUCAAGCGGGUUGUCCAUGAGCAUGGCCAUGAGGGAGCAGGUGGAGAGUUCGCUAGACGGAAUGGAACGUCCCACAUUGCUUACACGGCCGACCACUUCCACAAUUUCGUCGAUGCGCACUGACCUGGUAGGGGUCUCUGAAACCAGUGUGGUUAACUCUUCACAUGAAGAGCCCCCGGCGUUGCCAAGCUAUGAAGAUGUGCUAUGGCAGGACACCGCGCAGAGCGACGUGGAGCACAGAAAGGCUCGGUGGAGGUACCAGCAGCAUGAACAGCACUAUACCCAUUAG